AUGAUAGAAAGCCCGACAGCAGUCGCCGACGCUCGCGCCGAGCGCCGCAGCAAGUACCACGAGGCCGAUGUCGUCGUUGUAGGCGCCGGCGUCUUUGGCACCGCCAUUGCCUACGCUUUGGCCCAGCAGGGAAGAAGCGUCAUCUUGCUCGAAAGAUGGAUGAAGGAGCCCAAUCGCAUCGUCGGUGAACUUCUGCAGCCUGGCGGCAUCGUCGCCCUGCGUCAACUGGGUCUGGCCGACACCCUCGAGGGCAUUGAUGCUGUGCCCUGCUACGGCUACAAAGUCAGCUACCACGGCCAGGGGGUCGACGUCCCCUACCCCUCCUUCGACGACAACGGCCGCAUGAUCCACCCCUCCGCCAACAACGAGACGACGGCUUCGAGCGCGAAGCAGAAGGAGGGCCGGAGUUUCCACCACGGCCGCUUCAUCAUGAACCUCCGCAAGGCCUGCCAGAAGCAGAAGAACAUCACCAUCUUCGAGACCGAGGUGACGGCAACGAUACGCGGCGAUGACAAAGACACGGUCCUGGGCGUCAGGUCCAAGACGACGGACCCCGCGACGGGCCAGAAGAAGGACGACUUCUUCUUUGGCCAGCUGACCAUCAUCGCCGAUGGCUAUGCCUCCAAGUUCCGCAAGGAGUGCAUCCCCCAGGCCCCCGUCGUCAAGUCCAAGUUCUAUGCCCUCGAGCUCAUCGACGCCCCCAUGCCCUCGCCCGGCUUCGGCCACGUCGUCAUCGGCAAGGCUUUCCCUGUCCUCAUGUACCAGAUUGGCACCCACGAGACCCGCGCUCUCAUCGACGUCCCCGCCAACAUUCCCGAGGCCUCGCCCGCCGCCGGCGGCGUCCGCGGCUACAUCAAGAACGUUGUCAUGCCGACGUUGCCACCCCAGAUGCGGCCGUGCUUCGAAGCUGCACUCGCCGACGGCAAGAUCCCGCCCUCCAUGCCAAACUCGUACCUGCCCCCCUCCCGCCAGACUCUAAACGGCAUGCUCCUGCUCGGUGACGCCCUCAACAUGCGUCACCCUCUGACGGGUGGCGGCAUGACUGUUGCCUUCAACGACUGCGUCAUCCUUUCCGAUCUGCUUCACCCCUCGCGCGUGACUGACCUCGCCGACCCAAUCGCCAUCAAGAACGCGCUCCGCGAGUUCCACUGGCGCCGCAAGAGCCUGACCUCCAUCAUCAACGUGCUGGCCAUGGCCCUGUACGCCCUGUUCGCGGCCAACGACCGCCAGCUGCGCGCCCUGCAGCUGGGCUGUUUCGAGUACUUCCAGCGCGGCCACGCAUCGGAGCCCAUGGCUCUCAUGGGCGGGCUUAUGCACCAGCCGUCGAAGCUCGCGUACCACUUCUUCAGCGUCGCCUUCCUCGCCAUCUGGAUCAACGCCCUCGACCUUAUGAGCGGCAGCGUCUUUGGCUUCCUCAAAGCGCCCCUGGCGCUCAUUGACGGCAUCCUGAUUCUCUGGAGGGCGAGUGUCGUGUUCCUGCCCGUCAUGUGGCGUGAGCUGAACUAG